AUGAACUCCAAAGAGAAAAUUCAUCAGUGUGAAGUGGUUUUAGAGCGUGUUCAGUCUGAAAGAUGGCCUAAUCUGCAACAAGUCUCAAUUCUGAAAAAAGAACUAGCCAGAGCCUAUUAUAAUGAGGAAGAGUUUUGGAGACAGAAAAGUAGAAAGAAAUGGUUGAGAUCAGGAAACAGGAAUUCCAAGUUUUUUCAUAGUUCUGUGAAAGGUAAUAGGGAGUAUAAAAGAUUAGAACAGCUAAGGGAUUCUAACGGGGUAUUGAAAAAAACAGAGGCGGCUAAAGGUGAAGUGGCUUCUGAUUGUUUCAAUCAUCUGUUCAAAUCUUCAAACCCUCAGUCUUUCAAUCAGUGGUUUUCGGGGUUUCCUGCAAGAGUCUCGGAGGAGAUGAAUCAAUCAUUAAUUGAGAAGGUAUCAGCAGAAGAGAUAAAAGAAGUUGUUUUCUCGAUAGAUCCUUCUAGUGCUCCAGGACCAGACGGGAUGACUGGUUUAUUCUUUCAGAAGUAUUGGGAGAUCGUAGGACCCCAAGUGAUCAAAGAGAUUCAAAUAUUUUUUGAGGAAGGGGUCUUUCCAGUGGAGUGGAAUUAUACUCAUUUAUGUCUUUUGCCAAAAAUUCUUCACCCGGUGGAAAUGAGUGAUCUUAGACCCAUCAGUUUAUGCUCCGUUUUGUACAAGGUGAUUUUGAAUAUAUUGGUUAAACGGCUUCAGCCAAUCUUGCCUGUCAUCAUCUCGAGUAACCAAUCUGCUUUUGUGGCGGAUCGUUUGAUUACUGAUAACAUAAUGAUUGCGCAUGAAGCUGUCCAUAGUCUUAAAACUUACCAAGAUUUCUCCUCUCAAUACAUGGCAAUCAAAACCGACAUGUCGAAAGCUUAUGACCGGGUUGAAUGGAGCUAUGUUAGAGCGUUGCUUUCUGCUUUGGGUUUUCAUACACGAUGGAUAAAUGGGUUAUGUUCUGGGGACCCUCUCUCACCGUUUCUGUUUGUUCUAUGCACUGAGGGUCUAACGUAUCUACUGAACAAAGGGCAAGCUGAUGGUAGACUUCAAGGCAUAAAAUUCUCUGAAGAAGGUCCAGAAACACAUCAUCUCUUAUUCGCAGACGACAGCUUAUUCAUGUGUAAAGCCUCUGUCGAGCAAUGCUCUUUUUUACAAGAGUCUUUGGGGAGGUAUGGUGCGGCGACUGGUCAAGUCAUAAACUUGAAUAAAUCUUCAAUUACUUUUGGCUCAAAAGUAAAUCCCUUGUUGAAGACAGAUAUUCAAGCUUUGAUGGGUAUUUCCAGAGAAGGAGGAGCAGGAACUUACCUAGGGAUGCCUGAAAGUUUUAGUGGAUCCAAAGUGGAAUUUCUGGGGUACAUAAAAGACAGGGUAAAGGCAAAUUUGACUGGUUGGUAUUCUCGAUUUCUCUCUCAAGGAGGAAAAGAAGUUCUUCUAAAAUCAGUUGCCAUGGCUAUGCCUGUCUUUGUGAUGUCUUGUUUUAAGCUUUCGAAGACCAUUUGUGCAAAUCUAUCUAGUGCGAUGGCGGAUUUUUGGUGGAGUAAUGCGGAGCACACAAAAGGGAUCCAUUGGUUAAGUUGGGAGAAACUCUGUCUCCCUAAAGAGCAAGGAGGUAUGGGGUUCAGGGACAUCUCAACGUUUAAUCAAGCUCUGUUGGCUAAACAGGCUUGGAGAAUCCUUCAAUUCCCUGAUAGCCUUUUUGCUCAGGUAAUGAAGAGUAGAUAUUUCCCUGAAAAUGACUUCCUUUCUGCGAAUCUUGGUCCUAGGCCUUCUUAUGCAUGGAGAAGUAUUUUGCACGGUCGGGAGCUACUAAUUCAGGAGAUGGAAAAGAAGGUGGGAAAUGGUAAGUCCAUCAAGGUAUGGAUUGAUGAAUGGAUAGAGGAUGAUGGUUGGAGAGCUCCCUGGAGGAGGAACAAUUUCUUUAACCCUGAUCUUAGAGUCUCGGAAUUGUUAGAUUUGAGAUCCAGGGAUUGGGAUCAAGAAGCAUUGGAGCAUCACUUCCUGCCAGGAGACAUAAUCAGGAUAAAUAAAAUAAAACCGGUAACAAGCAUCGAAGACUUUUAUUCCUGGAAGUUCAACAAAAGUGGAGAGUUUUCAGUGAAAUCAGCGUAUUGGCUAGCUUCUCACUCCACUAAUCAGCAUAUUAGGUUGGAGGCUAACCAACAACCCUCGACGAAUGCUUUAAAAGCACAAGUGUGGAAGGUUCACACUGAUCCGAAGAUCAAGGUCUUUCUCUGGAAACUUCUGUCGGGUGCUUUACCAGUUACAGCUGCUUUGAAAAGCAAAGGGAUGAAGGUGGAGGAUACCUGCCAGAUCUGUGGAGCAGAGGAAGAGACCAUUAACCAUGUUCUCUUUUCUUGCUCUCUAUCUAGACAAAUAUGGGCUUUAUCAGGUAUUCCUUCCCCUUCUUCGGGUCUCCAUAAAGGGUCAAUAUUUUCAAACAUGCACUACCUGUUAUCGAACCAGAGGAAUUCACUAUGGCCUGAAGAGCUAAGAAAGUUCUUCCCUUGGUUAAUCUGGAGGAUCUGGAAAAACAAGAACUCUGUAUCCUUCGAAGGUACUUCAUUUUCUCCUUUAGAUACGGUUCAGAAAUGCAGGGAGGAUUGGAUGGAAUGGUCAGAGGCUCAAAAAAGGGAUAAUGAAAACGGGGAAGAAUCUGAGGUUGAUGGAGAAGGAAAUCAAGGAAUUCAAAGAGUUCAUGAGAGUUUAGUUGGGUGCUCGUGGGCGUUGCGAGACCAUAAUGGAGUUGUGUUACUACAUAGUAGAACAGCUUUUGUUGGGGUCAAAGAUAAGUUGGAUGCUCAUUUCCAAAGACUUAUAUGGGCCAUUGAAUGUAUGAGGAAUCACAGAGUGAAAAAGGUGAUUUUUGCGAUGCAGGAGAACUGUUUGGUAAAAGCUCUUACCAAUCCCAAUGCGUGGCCUUCACUUAGAUACCAAUCUAUGGAGGUUGCUAGAUCGCGUGGUCUCUUCAAAGACUGGAAAUUCUUUUUGAAAAACUUAUCUUCAAACAGAGGAGCCUUUAUGAUUGCACAAAGUGUCACAAUGGAAGGCAGGCUUCAGUCAUAUGUUGCUGCAGGUCAUCCGGCUUGGCUUGAUGGUGUUUUCGCUGCAGAAAGGAUUAUAGAUCCUGUUUGA